AUGGGGCCCACGGCGCCGGGGUCUGAUGGCUUGCGUCUCUGCGCCCCACCCCCUCCAGACAGCAGCUCGAACCCGCUGCCCAGCAGCAAGAGGAUGCGUACGGCGUUCACCAGCACGCAGCUGCUAGAGCUAGAGCGCGAGUUCGCCGCCAACAUGUACCUGUCCCGCCUGCGCCGCAUCGAGAUCGCGACCUACCUGAACCUGUCGGAGAAGCAGGUGAAGAUCUGGUUCCAGAACCGCCGGGUGAAGCACAAGAAAGAGGGCAAGGGCAGCAACCACCGCGGCGGCAGCGGCGGCGGCGGGGGCGCGGGGACGGGCGAGGGCGCACCGCAGGGCUGCAAGUGCGCGUCGCUAUCCUCCGCUAAGUGCUCCGAGGACGACGAUGAAGUGCCCAUGUCUCCGUCCUCUUCGGGGAAGGAUGACCGCGAUCUGACGGUCACUCCCUAG